AUGAAGUGGAUCCCUAGGGAUUCUAAUCGCCAGGCUGAUUCUUUGAGUAGAAUAAUUGAUUUUGACUUUAUUAAUGAUGACGUAUUUCAUAUGUUGGAUUGUAAAUGGGGACCCCACACAGUGGAUUGGUUUUCCUGCCCAAGCUUUCGAGCUUUAAUUCGAGAUUUUACCAACUCGGCGAUGAAGCUGUGGACACUUUCGCCCAGAACUGGGAGGGAGAAAAUAAUUGGGUCCAUCCGGGUAUCGCAAAUUGGUAGAGUUAUUACUCAUAUGAGAGCGUGUAAGUCUAUAGGAACUUUAGUUAUUCCUAUGUGGAAGUCUUCAUAUUUUUGGAUUUUACUAUGUGAUGAUGGCAAACACUGGAACGCUUUUGUACACUAUUGGGUGAUUCUUCCCAAGUUCGGGCAUCUUUUUAUUCGAGGUAAAGCCAAGAAUCACGUUUUUGGCUCGAAGGUUUUGUCUUUUAGUGUAGUAUCUCUGCGUCUAAAUUUUGUGCAACCUAUUGAGCAGUCUGUUUUGGGUUUUUGUACAGUCGAAGAUGACAAUUGCUCGCUAUGCAGCAAUUUUUAUAAUUAGGGUCUUUGGUACCCAUCUUUAGAGAAGUCUUUGGGUACUUCGUUUAUUCAUGUUCUUUAGGAGCGUGGUUCUUGAGCUGGUUCAUGCGCUUGGCCGCUCUCGUGAUUGGAGUUUUCCUUUAUUAAUGAUAAUAUUGCUGGUUUGUCAGCUGCCUUUUGGUUCAUUAUUUUCAAGUGGUAGAUUUUAUUUUUCUUGAUUUGCAUUUAUUAUGCACACUUUAAUGGCCCUCAAGAAUGCGUUCAGACAGAGGUGUUAUGAAAUUAAAAUGAGUCCACUGUUGCACAUUCUUGUAGUUUGUUUUUUCUUUCUAUUGUCUCUGAUUGCCCUCCCCUUUUGUUUGCAGAGAUUUUUAACGGAGGUGUUUGGAAAGAAACCGAAACUUUUGAGGACCCAUAUCUGCAGAGCCUCACUUCAAGGCUUCAGAUUUCUGUUUUGUCAGCAAGGGCUCCGGCCACCACAAAUAUGUAUCAUCGAGCGUUCAGGAAAAGGAUGGACUUUGCUUUAAGCAAAUUGGACAUUUUUUUUCUACCAGCAAAACCUGUUCAUGUAGCCAUUUAUUUACAGCGUGUGUUAGAAUUCACCAACUCCUCUAGCUCCGUCGAUACUGUCGAUACUAGAUAUUUCUAAUUUACGUCAAUGACAUUAAGGAUGUUUGCGGACGACACCAAAGUAUACAGAGAACUGUCAAACAUAGCAAGGGACAGCGAAGCCCUACAAUUUGAUGUCGAUCACUUACUAUCCUGGGCAUCUAAAUGGCAACUACGCUUUAAUCCCGAUAAAUGGGAAGUUUUACGUAUAACGCACAAACAAGACUUCUCCCUCCCUGCAUACUCAUUGGGUACGAGUCUUAAAAGCGUAAAGUGUGUAAAGGAUUUGGGCAUUAUGGUUUCUUCGGAUUUAUCCUAGAGCGAACGUGUUAACGUGACCGUUAAUAAGGCUAACAAAUUAUUGGGUUUGGUUCACAGAAGGGUGGGCUCGUCGAAUCCCGGUGCGUUCUGUACGUUAUACAAAUCUCUCUUGCGCCUGGUUCUUGAAUAUGCUGCUCCGGCCUGGAACCCAUAUUUGGCUAAAGAUGUGCUAGCGUUAGAAAGAGUUCAGCGAAGAGCCUCUCGGCUUGCUUUCGGGCAAAAACGUGGUGAGAUAGAAUACGGAGAUCGUUUAAGGAAACUGAAGAGGCCUACACUCGAAACACGUAGAUUGUUUCUUUCGUUAGUUGAAUUCUAUAAGAUCGUUUUUGGCAUGAACAAAAUUAACUUUGACGACCUUUUUGAAUUUACCAAGUGCAAUUCAACCCGCGCUAACCAUCCGUAUAAACUGUAUGUUAAACCAGCAAAGUGUAAUCCAUAGAAAAAUUCUUUUCCUAUCCGAAUCGUACGGGACUGGAAUAGUCUACCAGGAUCUAUUGUUGAGGCUGGGAGCCUGAGCCGAUUUAAGAGUGCGCUGAAGCGCUUCCUGAAUAUCCAAUAGUUGUUUGUUUUGUUCAUCUACAAUGUACUGAUAUUAUUGAGCAUUAGUGAUCCAAUUUAUUUCUUGUAAAUAGUUUUUAAAUGUCUAUUUUAUAUUCUAUAUUGUACAUAGCAUAUAUCUGUUUAUAUAUUUUAUUUAGGGAAACAUCAUAGGGUCAACCUCCAGUUUUCCUUUUCAAGAUGUUUUAUAAUUUUUAGUUCAUCAUCUUGAAUAGAUACGUUAUGUUAUGCCGCAUUUUACGCUAUUAAGUGGGCCCACGAGAGCGCCGGUAUGGCGUCUCCUACUGAUAGUCUGGUAGUUUCUAGAGUUCGGGAAGUUGCUAAGAGAAUUCUCGGGGCUGGGAGACCCAAUAGGAAAGAGCCUUUAUCAGUUGAAGUCCUCAAAGAAAUUGGGAAAGGAGCUGAUUUGUCCAAUGUCCUGCAGCUUAGAAACGUUUGUUUAUACGUGUUAUCCUAUGCGGGUCUUUUUCAGAUCUGA